GGCUAGUCGUGCAGGCUGGGUGCGGGCGGGCGCGGUGUCUGUGGCGCGCGCAGGUGAUUGACUGGUCCUUUGGCUAAGGGGAGCGCUUGUUUCUUUCCGCCGGCAGGUGCCGGAACCCGUUCGGGCGGAGGCGGAGGCGGCGCCGGCAGUCGCCCGGCUCGUCAAGCGCUUUUUCGGUCAAGGCCAUGGCUCCUCGGCUGCAGCUGGAGAAGGCGGCCUGGCGCUGGGCGGAGACGGUGAGGCCCGAGGAGGUGUCGCAGGAGCACAUCGAGACCGCCUACCGUAUCUGGCUGGAGCCCUGUAUCCGAGGCGUGUGCAGAAGAAACUGCAGAGGAAAUCCGAAUUGCUUAGUUGGGAUUGGUGAGCAUAUUUGGUUAGGAGAAAUAGAUGAGAAUAGUUUUCAUAACAUUGAUGACCCCAACUGUGAGAGAAGGAAAAAGAAUUCGUUUGUGGGCCUGACUAACCUGGGAGCCACCUGUUAUGUCAACACCUUUCUCCAGGUGUGGUUUCUCAACUUAGAGCUUCGACAGGCGCUGUACUUAUGUCCAAGCACCUGUAGUGACUACACAAUGGGAGACGGUGUCCGUGGAGGAAAAGAUUAUGAGCCUCAGACAAUUUGUGAGCAUCUACAGUACUUGUUUGCUUUGCUGCAAAACAGUAACAGGCGAUACAUUGAUCCCUCUGGAUUUGUUAAGGCCUUGGGCUUGGAUACUGGACAGCAGCAGGAUGCCCAAGAGUUUUCCAAGCUCUUUAUGUCGCUGUUGGAAGACACUUUGUCUAAACAGAAGAACCCAGAUGUUCGGAACAUCGUGCAACAGCAGUUCUGUGGGGAGUAUGCCUAUGUGACUGUUUGCAAUCAGUGUGGCCGAGAGUCUAAGCUUUUAUCAAAGUUCUAUGAACUGGAGUUAAACAUCCAAGGCCACAAGCAGUUAACGGACUGCAUCUCUGAAUUCCUGAAGGAAGAAAAAUUAGAAGGAGACAAUCGAUACUUCUGUGAAAAUUGUCAAAGCAAACAGAAUGCUACAAGGAAAAUUCGACUUCUAAGCCUCCCAUGCACUCUCAACUUGCAGCUGAUGCGAUUUGUGUUUGACAGGCAAACCGGACACAAGAAGAAGCUCAAUGCCUAUAUCGGCUUCUCAGAGAGUCUGGAUAUGGAGCCUUAUGUGGAGCACAAAGGUGGGCCGUUUGUGUAUGAACUCAGUGCAGUCCUUAUCCACAGAGGAGUGAGUGCUUAUUCUGGCCACUACAUUGCCCACGUGAAAGAUCCUCAGUCUGGAGAGUGGUAUAAGUUCAAUGAUGAGGACAUAGAGAAGAUGGAGGGGAAGAAAUUACAACUGGGAAUUGAGGAAGAUCUAGCAGAGCCUUCUAAAUCCCAGACCCGCAAACCCAAGUGUGGCAAAGGAACUCACUGUUCUCGAAAUGCCUACAUGUUGGUUUAUAGACUGCAAACCCAGGAAAAGAACCACACAACGGUUCAAGUCCCAGCCUUUCUUCAAGAGCUGGUAGAUCGGGAUAAUUCCAAGUUUGAGGAGUGGUGUGUUGAAAUGGCCGAGAUGCGCAGGCAGAGCGUGGACAAAGGCAGAGCGAAACACGAGGAGGUGAAGGAGCUGUACCAAAGGUUGCCUGCUGGAGCUGAGCCCUAUGAGUUUGUCUCUCUUGAAUGGCUGCAAAAGUGGUUAGAUGAAUCAACACCCACUAAACCUAUUGAUAAUCAUGCUUGCCUAUGUUCGCACGACAAGCUUCAUCCAGAUAAAAUAUCAAUUAUGAAGAGAAUAUCUGAAUAUGCAGCUGACGUUUUCUACAGUCGAUAUGGAGGAGGUCCACGACUAACUGUGAAAGCCCUGUGUAAGGACUGUGUUGUAGAACGCUGUCGUGUACUGCGCCUGAAGAGCCAAUUGAAUGAAGACUACAAAACUGUCAACAAUCUGCUGAAAGUAACAAUGAAGGGCACUGGUGGAUUCUGGGUGGGAAAGUCUUCCUUGCGUGGCUGGCGCCAACUGGCUCUUGAACAACUAGAUGAGCAAGAUGGUGAGGCGGAGCAAAGCAACGGGAAGAUGAACGGGAGCCCCUUCAAUAAAGAUGAAUCAAAGGAAGAAAAGAAAGAAGAGGAGGAGGAAUUAAAUUUUAACGAAGACAUUCUGUGUCCUCAUGGUGGGUUAAGCAUAUCUGAAAAUGAAAGGAGGCUCGUUUCUCAAGAGGCUUGGAGCAAACUGCGGCAGUACUUCCCCAAAGCUCCUGAGUUCCCAAGUCACAAAGAGUGUUGCUCUCAAUGCAAGAUUUUGGAAAGAGAAGGGGAAGAAAAUGAAGCCUUACAUAAAAUGAUCGCAAACGAACAGAAGACUUCACUUCCAAAUUUGUUCCAGGACAAAAACAGGCCGUGUCUCAGUAAUUGGCCAGAGGAUACGGAUGUUCUCUACAUUGUGUCACACUUCUUUUUAGACGAAUGGCGGAAGUUUGUCAGAAAGCCUGCAAGGUCUACGCCUGUGUCAUCCAUUGGAAAUACUGCCCUUCUUUGUCCACAUGGAGGACUCAUGUUUACAUUUCCUUCCCUCACCAAAGAAGAUUCGAAACUUAUAGCUCUCAUAUGGCCCAGUGAAUGGCAAAUGAUUCAAAAGCUCUUCGUUGUGGAUAAAGUAAUUAAAGUCACAAGAAUUGAAGUGGGAGACUCUUCUGAAAUACAGUAUAUUUCUGAGCCUAAUCUCUGUCCAGAUUGCAGAGAAGGCCUGCUAUGCCAGCAGCAGAGGGACCUUCGAGAAUAUACGCAAGCUACCAUCUAUGUCCACAAAGUAGUGGACAACAAAAAGGUGAUGAAAGACUCAGCUCCGGAGUUGAAUGUGAGCAGUUCUGAGACAGAAGAGGACAAGGAGGAAGCUAAGCCAGAUGGAGAGAAAGAUCCGGACUUUAAUCAAAGCAAUGGAGGGACGAAGCGGCAGAAGACAUCACAGCAGGGCUUCGUGGCCUACCAGAAGCAGGUCAUCCGUCGCAGCACGAGGCACAGGAAGGUGCGAGGGGAGAAGGCCCUGUUGGUGUCGGCCAAUCAGACGUUAAAGGAGCUGAAGAUUCAGAUCAUGCAUGCAUUUUCAGUCGCUCCCUUUGACCAGAAUUUGUCAAUUGAUGGAAAGAUUUUAAAUGAUGACUGUGCCACCCUUGGUACCCUCGGCGUCAUUCCUGAAUCUGUCAUUUUACUAAAGGCUGAUGAACCAAUUGCAGACUAUGCUGCAAUGGAUGAUGUCAUGCAAGUUUGUAUGCCGGAAGAAGGGUUUAAAGGUACGGGUCUGCUUGGACAUUAGUCUUUGACCACUUGCUGACUACCAAGGAAUAACCAGAAGGGAAGAGGAAUUUGACAUGUUAGGGCAUUAAAGAAAAAGUGGAUUUAAAAAUUAAACUAUUAACUGGCUCUUCCAAAAGGCAAAGAUCUAUUCAAAGAGACUGUCCCUAUUGCCUUAUGUCAAAUAAAGCAGAUUGCACUGAUGGGCAUCAGACUUGAAGGAAAUGUUUCAGAUUUUCUAUUAAGAGGUGGUGGGAGGGAGGGCGAGUGAGCAGCAGUCAGAGUAAAUCAUGUUUACACAAGAGACUUGGAGCCACAGGAGGCAGUAAAGUCCUGGUCAGUUUCAUGCAGAUGCCCUGGGCAGUAGUGGAUUUGUGUGGAAGUGCAUGGGAUAGCAUCCUGCUCCGAACUCCAAGCGACUGUCUAGAGACACGACCCGCUAAUCUAAUCAGUACCUGUCUUCGACCCAUACUCACCUUUCAAUAAAGAAAGCACGGAAGUGAAGAAUUUGCCAACACAGACCAUGUCUUCGGAGCUCUACUGCAGGUCAGCCAGUCCUGCCGCCCCAUCAGUGUCUGGCAGUGCUGGGUAUAAGGGCACCUGUGUGCUUCUCUUGUCAAACCAGGCACGGUGUGCCAGUCUUCUCCCAUCAUUUCAGAGAUGAUGGGUGAUGUUCAGUGUGUGGCAGCAAAGCAAGUAUUCCCCGAACACUGGCAGCAGGACUGAAGACUGCCAGGUGGACUGGCACUCAGCAGGACAACAGUCUGGGCCCUCCCCUCCUCCAGCUCCGCUUCACUGGGACCUCACUUCUCUUUGAAAAGCAUCCUUCUGACAUACCUUAGAGGGCCAUUUUGAAAGAGUAUGCAGGGUGUGCUGUCUCAUCCAACUCAGGAUUACUGUUGGUAGUAAAUAGUCUAAAGCAGCAUCCGUAUCCGCAGGAACAGAGGGGUUUUAAUGGAGCAUGAGGCUGGCAUUGGGUUGGGUUGGUUGGCCUUUUGUAUUUUCUCUAUUGAGUAGGUAUGGAUGUUUGUGGCCCAGAUGCUUAACACCACCCCCCCCCCCCCCCCCCCCGUGCGU